UACCAGGCUGGUCUUGAACUCAAAGAGAUCCUCCUGCCUCUGUCUCCUGAGUGCUGGAAUUAGAGGCAUGUGCCACCAAUGACUGGCAAGUUUUUUUCUUUGGCUACACUAUAAUGGAUCAGAGAUUAUGGGAGGAAGAUACACCAAGAAACUGAUGAAAAAGGUCCUGAAGAGGAAUGAUGUUAGGGAGGUAAGAAAAUGGGCAGGUGUAGGAACAGUACAGAAAUGGAUUCUGUUAGGACUAGAAAGGGAGACAGCUGUGGCUGGGUACUGAACACAGGCAGCAUGGCAUGAAGAAUGCGUAGGCUGGAUUCAAUCCCAUCUGCUGUGUCUGACAAGUCAGUCUCUCAGCCAGGUGGCAGCAGCGCACGCCUUUAAUCCCAACACUCAGGAAGUAGAGGCAGGCUGAUCUCUGAGUUCCAGGCCAGCCUGGUCUACAAGAGCCAGUUCCAGGACAGGCCCCAAAGCUACAGAGAAACCCUGUCUCGAUAAACCAAAAGUCAGUCAGUCUCUGUCAGCCAUGGUUUGGACAGGCAAAUAGUACACGUAGGUUUCCCUCCCAGCCUCCCUCUGUCCUAGGACUCAGGUAGGAACAAUGUCCCCUGCCAUUGCACUGGCAUUCCUGCCACUCGUGGUGACACUGCUGGUGAGAUACCGACACCAUUUCCGACUGCUGGUGCGCACAGUCCUGCUGAGAAGCUUCAGGGACUGCCUGUCAGGACUUCGAACUGAGGAGCGGGCCUUCAGCUACGUGCUUACCCAUGCUCUGCCUGGAGACCCUGGUCACAUCCUCACCACUCUAGACCACUGGAGCAGCUGCUGCGAGUACCUAAGUCACAUGGGCCCUGUGAAAGGUCAGAUUCUGAUGCGGCUGGUGGAAGAGAAGGCCCCUGCUUGUGUGCUGGAGCUGGGCACCUACUGCGGAUACUCUACACUUUUUAUUGCUCGGGCUUUGCCUCCUGGGAGUCGCCUUCUCACUGUGGAGCGGGACCCUCGUACAGCAGCAGUGGCUGAAAAACUCAUCCGGCUGGCUGGCUUCGAUGAGCAAAUGGUGGAGCUCAUUGCGGGCAGCUCAGAGGAAGUUAUCCCACGCCUAAGAGCUCAGUACCAGCUGAAUCGGGCAGAUCUGGUGCUACUGGCACAUCGACCUCGAUAUUAUCUAAGGGAUCUGCAGCUACUGGAAGCCCAUGCUCUACUCCCAAGUGGUGCCACUGUAUUGGCUGACCAUGUGCUUUUUCCUGGUGCACCCCGCUUCCUACAAUACACAAAGAGCUGCGGCCGCUAUCGCUGUCGCCUCCACCACACCAGCCUCCCAGACUUCCCUGCCAUCAAGGAUGGCAUAGCCCAACUCACCUAUGCUGGACCUGGCUGAGAUCUAGAACCUGGGAUAAAUUACUGACACAACCCCAACCCGACUCAAGCAAGGACCUCAGAAUAUUCCCUUUCCCUUUCUGUUAGUGUCCAACAUAUGCUAGGUUCAGGCUGGGGAAGCUUUCUUCUCAACUCUGCCUGCUCCCAACCUCCAUAUCAAUCCAAAGUGUCAAAUUCUAUCAGUCUUCUUGGUCCCACAAGAUCCUCUCCUAGACAACUGGAAACUGGAAGCAAGAGUCCUGAGCCCUUGUUCUGUUAUCGAUUGCUCCCUCCAGGUGAGUCCUUCCUUCUUCUGAGAUUCUUAUUCUCUUAAUACUAAGGGCUGGAAAGAUGGCUCAGCAGUGAAGAGCACUGGCUGCUGCUCCCUAUCUAGAGGACUCAGGUUCAAUUUUCAGCACUCACAUGGCACAGGCACACAUGUGAUAUACAUACACACAUACAUACAAAAAAUCUCUAAGCAUAAAUAAAUUACAACAAAAAGACAGCUGGCUGGCAGAGCCCCAGAGCCUCCCAGCUGUGAGACUCAGACAGCUUCUGGAUGGAAUCAGAGGCAGCUGCAGACAAUGAGGCCCCGUAGAGCAUCCAGGUACAAGCUAGGCCACAAGAAUUAUCAAUCACAGAAGCCUGGCCUCCAAUCCUGGCACACUUGGUCAAUUAGGUUUGCUUGAGAUCCCUUAAAGACCCCUUCCCACUGUCCAAGAAAAGAUACUGGACUCCUCUGGGUCCCACCAACAAACAGGGAAUAGACAUUGGGGGAAAGAA